AUGUCGACUCACACCGAGCUGCCGGCGGCCAAGCCGCUGCAGCUCGGCAUACAGCCGCUCGCAACCGGGUCAGCCGGCCUCCCAUUCCAGCUGACGCCAAUGCCAAUGCUGCCAGGGGCGUUCAUACCGGGGUUCCCGGGGUCACUGCCGGGCCUGCAGCCUGGCUCGCUGGGCGCGGGCACGCCCGCGGUCACGCCGAUUGGCACCCCACUGGACGGCGCCACGCUCCUGAGGCUAAACCAGCACCUGACACAGCAGCUCAUGGCCGCCGCCGCGGGCGCGGCGCCGGCUGGCAGCGGGCCCGCGGGGCUGGGGGCAUGCACAUUGCCCCAGGUGGCGCCGCUGGUGCUGCCAAAGACCGACCCUGACGUUCUCAGCGGCCUGGACGCGUCUCCCAGCCCCGGCACCAAGGCCGCGCGCGCUGCGGCCGAGGCGGCCACCGCGGCGGCGGUGGCGGCCGCGACGGCGGCCGCCGCAGACGCUUUCAGGCAGGACGCCGCGCGCCCGCGCGACACGAUGCAGCAGCAGCUGCUGCAGCAGGCCCUCGCGCAGCUGCAGCAGCAGCAGGCGCUCGCGCGCGCGCUCGGCGUGCUAGCGCCCGAGGGGGGCGGUGGCGGCGCGGUGGCGGGCGGUGGCCAUAGCGCCGCAGACUUUGCGACGGCCUCCGCCGCCGACGGCGGCGGCGGCGGCGGCGACGACGAAAUGUUGUUUGAGGACGACGACGCCGGCGAGGCGAGCAACGCCGCCGCCGCCGCGGUGUCCGCGCCCCGCGCGGCCGGCAAGCGCCAGCCGACGCCCAGCGCCAAGGCGCUCGCGAUGGGCGCGCCGCUCAGCGCGAUGAUGGGCACGAGCCCCAGCGACAGCCACCUGUCGUUCAGCUGCCCUGGCGGCCACGCAUUCCCCAUUGGGUCCUGGGGCCAGCCCUGCAGCGUCCCCGGCACGGGCUUUGCCGGCCUCGGAACAUCGCCGUCGUCGCAGCCCGGCAGCAGCCCCGGCGUCAAGAGCCACAUCCGCGGCCGCAGCAAGCUCAGCAGCAGCCUCGGCGCGUCCGAGCGGCUGAAGCUCAGUGCCGGCGCCGGCGGCGCCGGCGGCCACGGGCGCAACGGCGCGUGCAAGUUCCGCGGCGUGCGGCAGCGGCCGUGGGGCAAAUUCGCGGCGGAGAUCCGGGACCCGCGGUGCGGCAGCAGGCUGUGGCUGGGGACGUUUGACACCGCUGAGGAGGCGGCGCGCGCGUACGACCGCGCGGCGCUCGAGAUCCGCGGCGGCAAGGCG